AUGUCUUUCCUUGUGUACGUGGGCCUCGUCAUCGCCUUCUUCCUGGGUGCGGCCACCACCGUGUGUCUCCAGUUGUACGGCUUCUACAGGGUCAUUAAGCUUCCGCCCAGACCACGUACCAAGCCGAACAGGAGGUUCGCUCCCAUUCACCUACCGCAGAAACUAUUGCGGCUGGUGCAGUCCGGAGACUGGAGGAAAGAGCGCGAAACUCUCAUCGUCGCUAACCUUGUGCUGCAAUUUCUUUUUCGCGAGUGGAAGGACAGCAUCUUUCUGCGAAGAUUGUUCCUCAGCAUUCUCAGCAGAGGCAUUCAAGAGGCACAGCGAGGUGCAGCAGGCAAGAUAUUUGACAAGAUAUCGCUUCGGGAGCUGGACUUUGGAAACGACUUCAUUACGCUUACGAAACUCGCCGUUGAAGACGUCACGCUACACGAAGCAUGGAAAACCAUCGAGGACCUAGACAUCUUCUGCAGCGUGGACUACGCGGGUGGCUUCUCGCUGGCCGUGGACGCAGAGCUGAUCAUCGGCGGCCUGGCCGGCCUGGCCAUCAAGGUGAACCACUUCUCGGGCAAGGGACGCGUCCAGUUCGCAAGAAAGCCCUACACCCACUGGUCUUUCGCCUUCUACGAGGAGCCCAGGGUCAUCAUCACAGUGGAAUCAUCAAUUCAAGGCCAAAACUUUCCGCAGAUUGCCAACAUUAUAACAGGACAGAUCCGCAGAGUGCUGCGCAGCAAGCACACCCUGCCCAGCUACCGGAUCAAGUUCAAGCCGUUCUUUCUCGUGCCCGAGCUGCGUACCUCUCCGCCGCAGCAGGAGAAGGUCUCCAUGGGCGGCACCCUGGAGAUCACCGUGGUGGAGUGCUCGCGCCUCGUGCUCUGCGAGGGCUCCUUCCAGCUCUACUGCAUGCUCUCUGUCGAGGAUUCGCAGUGGAUCAACUUGGACAAGGUCGUGGGAACGCCCUGGAUACCGAUCGAGCUGGAGGUAGUCAAGACAAAGACGCAGCCUCUAGGCGUCGAGUUUAAGCAGAAAUUGAUCGAAGGAAAGUAUCGGGAAUGCGUGGUGGUGGACACCAUCGCUCCAAACUCGCCUUUCGUUCUCGGAGGACUGCUCGAGGGAGAUGUGGUCCUCUCAGUCAAAGAUCACGACGUGACGGACGCCAAGGAGGCCUUCCGUCUCCUCUCCAAGGCUGGAGAAAAGAUCACGAUGCGGAUUGAGAGAAAGUCGGAAUUCAAGUGGGGGCAGAAGCAAGAGCGGCAACAGCCCAUUGAAGCCACUCAAAGGGUGGUACAGACCACUGCGGGUCCUCAGACGAGCAACGCCAAUGACGACAGCUCAAGGUCCAAGACCGGACUGUUCACCUCCAGGACAUCGCUGGCCAAUCUGCUCGGAGGCACCACCAAAACGAAGAAGAUUGGAGACAGCGAAGAUAUCUUCAACAAGGCAAAGCAGAAGGGCUUCCCGAUCAAGCGAACCACCUACGUCCUUUCCACGCGCGAGCCCGUCUUUCUUGAGACCUUCGAAUUCGAGAUUAAAAACAACUACAAGUACAUCAACGUGGGCAUCUGGAGCAAGGGCCAAAUCAUCAGCAUGCGAGGCACCAAGAAGCCACGCCAGGACACCAUGCUCGCAUACACUUCGAUUCCAGUCACUCACGUCCUAGAGGAAUGCCAGAAAACGACGGAAGGAUACCACGGUCAGGUGGUCAAGUUGCUUUGUCCCGAAUUUCAGCAACUGCCCAAGGAGUUUAUCAAGUACGCUACGCAAUCCGGGUUCGAUCCCCGCCUCUGUUACGGCGACAUCACGCUGCGCUUCCUCUACAAGGGCGAGUACAAGGUCAAAGGAGCGACGCAGGAGCAAGGCCAGCACGUGCGCAUCAUGGCAGAUCCCUCGGUCGACAUAAUGGGACUCGAGUCCAUCGGGUCCUCCAACGAGACGCAAGUGGUCAAGGCCUUGAACCACGAGUUCCAAGACGUCUCAUUCAAGAAGAUAAUCACGUGCAAACUCUGCAACGCUAGGAUCUGGAUGGGAUCCGGUGCCCGAUGUUCCAUAUGCAAGAUGAUAGUUCACACCAAAUGCCUCGUGCAAAGUCAACAGAAGACUAUCUGCAAGCAAAAAAUAUGGCCCGAUGAAUGCCCGGUGGAAGUUAUCGGUAAGUAA